AUGAGCUGUGGCCUGGGGGCUGCAGAUCACACCGAGCACCAGGCUGCGUUCCGAGGCAGCAAAAGGAGCAACCCUGGGACUGCAGAGCCAGAGGGAUUUGGGGACUUGGGCGAGGAGGGGAUGCAUUUUGUUGUAGAUCCCAUUUGGCACAAGGUAACCCCGCCAGCGUCUCACCCGGAUGCUCAGGCUGUGCUCCGUCACCGGGACGCUGGUGAAACCCGUGGGCUGGGUCACCAGCUUGCUGGCAUGACUGGCUCUUCAGUCAGUGCAGUACGGCUGCUUGCUAACCUACGGAAAAGUGGGAGAGGAGAGACCAAGUCCCCAAGAAGCCGGAGGGAUGCUCCGGUCCCCAACCCGCGCUACUGCUGCUCUCACCUGGCUCCUCUCCCACCCCUCGCAGGCGUGAUCCGGUUCGUGGUGCUGCUCAUCACGCUGCUGGGCACAUGGUUCAUCGUGCAGACAUACUUUGACCGCACAUGGAAAGUCGUAAGCCUGCGGAGCUGGCUCGGUGCCACCAACAACCCCAGCAGCAAGCAGCUGCCCCGGUACGAGUGCGGGAACCAGAAGAGCUGUCCCCAGAACCAUUUUGCCUUCAAGAUCAUCAGCGGUGCCGCAAAUGUGGUGGGACCCUCCAUCUGCUUCAACAACAUAGUUAUCAUGAGCAGCGUGAAAAACAACGUUGGUAGAGGCCUGAACAUUGCGCUGGUGAAUGGAACAAGCGGGCAGCUCCUGAAAGCUAACACGUUCGACAUGUACUCUGGAGACAUUAACAUACUGGAUACCUUCCUCCAAGAGAUCAAGCAUGGCACCUUCGUGCUGGCAGCCAGCUACGAUGACGCUGCCACAAAGAUGAAUGACAAAAUACGGGCACAUUUUGUGGAGCUGGGCAGUAGCCACGUGAGCAACCUGGGCUUCCGGGACAACUGGAUCUUCUUGGGUGCGAAAGGGCUGAAGAACAAGAGCCCCUUUGAAGUGCACAUCAAAAAUGACAAGAAUACGAAUAAAUACGACGGGUGGCCCGAGCUGCUGGAGAUGGAGGGCUGUGCCCCUAGGAAGACAGAUUAG